CGCCAGCCUCGCUCCAUCCCCGAGCCGCGCUCGCCCCGGGCGCACGCUGGUUUUUUUUUUUGGCUGGCCCUCCUCCUCGGGCCGGGAGAAAGCAGCUGAGCGGAGACCCGUUUGUUUGCUUUUUCAAAAAAGAAGUAAAUAAAUAAACCAAGCGCAGUCACUUCGGCAAGGAUGGAGGGGAAAAGCGAGAGCACUCCCGGAAUAUGGACCGUUUUUAUUUUUAUUUUGGCAAACUGAAAUUCUGAUUUAAGGACUUCAAAAAGAGACACCCAACUAGAGAGACAGAGUGAGUGACUGGCAAAGCUGAGCUUCGUUGCUUUUUAUUUUUAUUGCAUUUGAUUUCAUUUCAUAUUUCGCUACCUUAACAGGUGCAGGAGGAGUGUUUUUUUUUUAAAUCCUUGCCUUCUCAAGAGAUGCCUCUCUGGGCCACAUCUGGUGGCCCCCUGCAUCGGCACAUCUGCACCAUGACUCCAUCCUGGCACGGAACGCACAUCUGGAAAGGUUUUUUCCUGCUCCUGUUCGGGCUUCUCAGCACAGUGGUCAACGGCCGAGGAGGAGUUGUCGAUAGCAUGCAACGGUUUACAAGCUUGCCUGUGUACCUCCCUGCGAGUUACAGCAUCUCCAAUGCUGACAUUGCCUUCUUCCUCAAAGAAACCAACCAGGACAUCAUGAGGAACGCCAGUUUGCAAUCCCGAACGGAGCCUUUCCUUGUCUAUAGGACCACCGGCUUGCCUGUUCUAAAUGUUACCUACGGCCCAUUUGCCGUGGAGCAAAUAGUGCCCCCAAACCUCCUGUGGACCUCUGCUCUCUUCAGUUUCACUGACCGGUUCACAUUUAAUUGGAAGUUACAAUCGCACAUCAUCGACAGCUCAGUCUACGCCAACCGGCCCAAAGUCCAAACUUUGUUCUACGUCGCCGGCCAAGGUUGGGAUCACGACGAUGCUGUGGAGAGCCUGCCCUGCGUGCGGAUGGCGGCCUUCCAGGAGGAGAAAGUCACCGUCGGCAGUUGUCGGUUGAAAGGUCCUUUGGGGUUAUGCGUGGCGGAGCUGGAGUUUCCACCAGGUUGGUUCAACGUUGAGUUGGCCACUCCUUUACCGCCCUCACCGCCCGACGUUCAGCAGAUGGUGGACUCGUUGGGAGGGAUCACAGUGGAACUUUUCUAUUGGGUGUAUGUGUCCGAUGGAGAUUGCUCUUCAGAUGACCCCAAAUUGGAAAGCUUCGGCCACCCAAGUGGCCAGGAGGAGACACAGCUGCCUUUGGUGUCGAUGGAGCGAGUUGGAAGUGUUAUCCUCUACCCAACCCAAAAUAAGCUGAAGAAGUCUGUGUUAAACCUCGAUGACAAUCUUCUACUUUGUUUACCAAUUAGCCCGGUCAAGGAAGGGGACCUGGUUAUGGUUCAUGUCUCCCUCGCCGGUGGGUCUCUAGUAGAUCAGUUUACACUAAGGAUUAAAGCUGCUCCGGGAGUGAAGAUAAUAGAGAUCCGAGUCAGCGAUCCGAGCCAAUGGGGAGUGCAACAAGAUGUAGACAACGGGAGGACACAGACCACUGCCACCAUUGUCUGCGAACGCAUCGAUCCGAACCCUGAGAGCAGGAUGAAUGGCUCCUCCUCAUACGAGAUCUUGCAGAUGGACUUUGAAAUCGACAACAGUAGUGGGCUGGUGGGGGCCCAGCAGAUCACCUGGCAGGUUGAAUACCCUCGGGAUGAGGCCAUGAGCGAGCUCGUUGUCUCCAAGAUCUUCGUCAGCCAAGCAUCCUUUGCAGGCAUCGUUCCACUCGCCAUGGACACAGAGGUCCUUAAUACGGCUAUUCUGACCGGGAAACCAGUGUCUGUCCCCGUAAAAGUAGUAGCUGUCGAAGAGGACGGAUCUGUGAGAGAUGUUUCUGGCUCCACCGAAUGUAAAUCCGCUGAUGAAGACGUCAUCAAGGUCUAA